AGGGGAAGGCAGCACAACAACCGACGGCAGUAACAGUUACGACUUGAUACUUAGCAUUAGCUCAGAAGCAAGAAGCAGCACCAGUGCCGUUCAAACGAAUUUCGUCUCACAAUGUCAGCCCUCGGUCCAGAAGGCUCUGGCGCAGCGUCAGGCAACAAGCGCUUGCAGCAGACCCAGGCGCAGGUGGAUGAGGUGGUGGAUAUUAUGCGUGUUAAUGUGGACAAAGUGCUGGAGCGCGAUCAAAAGCUGUCUGAACUGGAUGACAGAGCAGACGCACUGCAAGCUGGAGCCUCCCAGUUUGAGACCAGUGCUGCUAAGCUGAAAAGGAAAUACUGGUGGAAGAACUGCAAGAUGUGGGCCAUCCUGAUAGCUGUCAUAUUGAUCAUUAUCGUCAUCAUUAUUAUUUGGAAUCAAUCGUAAAGCAGUGACGGGAUGGAGGAGUGGAGGAAACAAUGAAGAAGAAGAAGAAGAGGAGAGUAGUAAUGUGCAUAAUUAAUGUCUCAGAAGAAGAGGUCACAUGAUCACUGGCUACUGAGCUACACAACAUUUUUCACCUCCUGUAUGGGGUCUUCAUUCCUUGUCCUGGAUUGUUGUGUGUGUGUGUGUGUGUGUGUGUGUGUGUGUGUGUGUGUGUGUGUGUGUGUGUGUGUGUGUGUGUGUGUGUGUGUGUGUGUGUGUGUGUGUGUGUACGUACACGUGCCUCAGUAAAGGAUUGUCAUAAUACCAGAAUUUUACCCUGCAUUACUACACCAUACCAGACAUCACUAAACGCUUAUUAGAGUGCCAUGCCAAAGACAACAGAUGAUAAAUACAGUCAAAACUCAACUAAAACCUAUAAAAAGCACAUACAUACACACAUAUUCCAACCUCAGGACUAGAAGUGAAGAAUAUUGUUGUAAACUCUCCUCAACUUAUAUUUACUUUUUUAUGUUUUACUGUAUUAAUAUCCAUUGAUUUUGUGUGCCGGGCUAAGAUAAGUGCCUUUGACAAUAUGCUGUUAUGUGUUAGGUUAGAUUGUAACAGUAAUCCUACAGAAGAGAUACCCGUUUCCAACAUACACACAUGUCUACUUUUUGGAGUUUAAUGUCAAUAUUUCAAUAUUUAAUAAUUUCCCCUCAUUUAAAAAAAAUUGGUUGCUUGCUUUUCAAAUUCCAGUUACAAAUGAAAUAGUGUGAUUCAAUGCCUUAAUUCAUUUAUGCGUGUGUUAACUGAGUUCUCUGUAUAAUAUCUUAAAUUUAGGAUUGAAUGAAGGUCACUCAACAAAAAAAAACUAUGCAGUAACACGCUGCUGAACCAUCUGAUAUAAUACCUGUCCCUGUCCAUCUCCUUUUGAGAUGGGUACAGUAUAAACUAGUAUGGGCUUGCAUUUAGAAAAGUGCCUAUAUUCUAAAACCAACAACCGCAAAGUCUGAGUGUAAAAAAAAAAACAAAAAAAACAAAAAAAAAACAAAAGUGCUACACUGGGUCUAAGAAGUGGGGAGUUGUCUCAGUCAGGUUCUCCAGGAUAUGCCAGAAAGUUUUUCUCUGAAAUAUUCAAGCGCAACAAAGUAAGAACAUUUAGUCUUAGACAGAUGCCUUAAUCCGUUUCUCCAAUGGAGAGCAGCCAACAAUACAGCCAUACCUUAUUGACCAUAUUAACCAGCCAGUUGAAGAGUAGUAUUUUCUGAAUGCUCUGUCUAAACAAAUACUGUGCUGCUUGCAUUAAUCUGCUGAGCUAAUUAAUAAGUCUUCUGUUCAGUCACACUGGCAUUUAUCCAAUCCCAAAUGCAAAUUGCUCCUUGUGUGAUAUUUUAGUUUUAUUAUCUUGCUAACAUCAACUUUUUUGAGCAUUGUUAUUAUAUGUAGAACUAAUCUUGCCGCUCAGCUCUCUGCUGCUGAGCAUCAUGGGUGUUUGAGUGUGGAGAAAAACAAUUCAGUUUUGGGUGUUGGGCAACACCAAUAUUGGAUGAUUGCUUUCCCUGCUUUUGCUUCCAUUUUAUUAAAAGAAGCAUGUUUUAAUUAGGCAAACAAGUUGGGAUUGCUUUGUACAUUCAUUUAAUUGUGUCUGGCAUUUCAUCCAAUCAGAACUGUUGUUGCAUUUUUCAGUAGUGGAUGAUACAUUAGUAACUGAAAUGAACACUAACACAGGUAUGUGCUCUUUAGACAUUUUUACAGUAUAUAGAUGUAGACAUGAAGGAAAUUGUGUAAUAUUUUUCAAAGGCCAUUGAAAAUUCUUUUACAUGCCAGCCUUUUAUCACAGAUGUAUGGAACUGUCAUCAUCCUCUCCUGUCUACACCACAAAUUUGAGGCCAAAUUACUUACAAAUAAGUGCAAUUCUACUCUUUUGCCCAAUAUGCCUUUUGCUUGAAUAAAAGAUUUAACUUAAAUCACGAAA